AUGAAGCCGGAUUUGUUGAAUAUCAUCCAUAGUCAAACGGCCGACGCUGCUGAACAACAGGAGCUCCCCGCUGGAGAACCCAAGGCCACUUCCCCAAUUGUUCCUACCGAUACGGACAGUGCUGCCAUCAAAACUGUGACAACUUGUCAAGAGCCAGAGCCCCGCGUCAUCAAAUCACGCAAGAAGAAGAUCGCUCGAAAGAUCCAUCGAAGAUGUUUGGAAGUGGCACGUCAGUUUGAUGAUGAGUUCGAAAAGGCCAUUAAGGAGCGGGACGAGCAGAUGCACGAGGAUCGUAAAUUGAUACAACGACUCCGGAAUGAGAACCGCAAGAAAGCAUCGAAGCUGCGACAAACCGUUGUUGAAAGACAAAAGGCUUUGGCUGAGAAGCUCAUCCUCGAAACCGAGGUUCGUCAGCUUAAGCAGCUGUUGAACCGUUCCCGUGACUCUGGCGAUGGCUGUAUUUCCUGGGCUGCAGUUCAGCCUACCCUAUAUCGUGUGCACGAUGAGUUGCGGGCAUCCCUUAGCCAGUUAUGGGAUACGAUCGAUAUGGUGCAGAGAUGA